GUCUUCAUGAGCAUGGCAUCAGGAGGCGAAGGGCCAUCGUCCACUCCUCACAAACACACCAACAGGUUAGCCAAGGAGCGGUCGCCCUACCUGCUGCAACAUGCACACAACCCUGUUGACUGGUAUCCAUGGGGACAAGAUGCUUUUGACAAGGCAAAGACUGAAGACAAACCCAUCUUUUUAUCAGUGGGUUAUUCGACAUGCCACUGGUGCCACGUUAUGGAACGGGAGUCCUUCGAAGACGAAGAAAUUGGUCAAAUCCUCAGUGAGAACUUUGUAUGCAUCAAACUAGACAGAGAAGAAAGACCUGAUGUGGACAAGGUCUACAUGACCUUCGUACAGGCAACAAGCGGUGGUGGAGGUUGGCCCAUGAGCGUCUGGUUGACUCCUGACCUUCGACCUUUCGUCGGGGGCACCUACUUCCCUCCAAGAGACCAUGGAAGAAGACCUGGGUUCAAGACUGUUCUCACCAGAAUCAUGGAACAGUGGCAGAAUAAUCGCACUACUUUGGAGUCCAGUGGGGACAGGAUCCUUGAAGCCCUGAAGAAAGGCACAGCCAUUACUGCAAACCCAGGAGAAAGUCCUCCACUGGCCCCAGAUGUCGCUAAUCGCUGCUUCCAGCAGUUGGCCAAUUCUUAUGAGGAGGAGUACGGAGGCUUUAGAGAUGCUCCAAAGUUCCCUACACCAGUGAAUCUGAUGUUCCUCAUGUCUUAUUGGUCGGUGAAUCGCUCCACCUCAGAAGGGGUUGAAGCUCUCCAGAUGGCCUUGCACACACUCCGUAUGAUGGCACUGGGAGGCAUCCACGACCACGUGGCACAGGGUUUUCAUCGUUACUCGACAGAUUCCUCCUGGCAUGUUCCUCACUUUGAAAAGAUGCUGUACGACCAGGCUCAGCUGGCCGUAGCCUACAUAACAGCUUCCCAGGUAUCAGGUGAGCAGGUUUUUGCAGAUGUGGCUAAGGACAUACUGCUCUACGUCUCCAGAGACCUGAGUGACAAGUCUGGCGGCUUCUACAGCGCAGAGGAUGCAGACUCUGUCCCAGCAUCAGGGGGAGCAGAGAAGCGAGAGGGGGCUUUCUGUGUGUGGACGGCCUCAGAAGUUCGGGAGCUCUUGCCAGAUGUGGUGGAAGGCGCCACUGGAGCUGCCACGCAGGCAGACAUCUUUAUGCACCAUUAUGGGGUUAAGGAGCAAGGCAAUGUUACUCCAGAACAGGACCCCCACGGGGAGCUGCAGGGCCAGAAUGUGCUGAUCGUGCGUUAUUCAGUCGAGUUAACAGCUGCUCACUUUGGCAUCAGUGUCGAGAAAGUCAAUGAGCUCCUGGCCUCCGCCAGAGCCAGAAUGGCAGAAGUGAGGAAGAGCCGGCCACGCCCACAUCUGGACACCAAGAUGCUGGCCUCCUGGAAUGGCUUGAUGCUGUCGGCCUACGCUCGGGUUGGAGCCGUGCUGGGGGACAAGGCCUUACUGGAGAGAGCGGUGCAGGCAGGCGACUUCCUCAGGGAGCACAUGUGGGACGCUGAGCGGCAGACCAUCCUCCGAUCUUGUUACCGUGGAGACCAGAUGGAGGUGCAACAAAUGUAAGAGAGAGAGAGUUUUGAUCAAAUAUGGCAGCGUUCCUCUGAGUGGUUUGAAGCAGGCAAUUUCUAAAAACAUUCUGUUUCAUAUUAUAAUUCACCAAUCAGGAGCACAAUAAGAAUGCGAUAGCAGUUGGUUGGGUUGAUUGCUUUUAUUCCCAGACUACUGUUUGUCCAAUUUGAUCAAACUGCACCCACACAGUCCUGAUGAAGUAGAUUAGC